CUUCACCCCCCCUCCUCCCCUUCUUUCUCUACCUUUACACCUCUUGGUCCGACGCUCCCUAUCACAUCGCGAACCAGACAGCUAUUGUACCCUCUCGUUUCUCACGAGCAAGAGUCGCACGCUACUAUCGACUUGGGGUUUUUAUAUAUAUUGAUACCUGUUGCGCUAGCUCAGACUAUCCUAUCUCCCUUGUCUUGGUCGUUUACCAACCCACCGUCUAUACAAAACGCAAGCGCUACACCUGGUUCCCGCUUCGCGCCGCGCCCACCUACCUAUCGUCACAUCGACUCAACCACCAUUACACUACACUAUACGACACCAACCCUCCACCCCCUCAAGAAACCAACAACACCAACAAUGCCCUCCUCCUCCUCCCCCAACCAACCCACCACAACCACCCCAUCCACCACCACCGACCUCGAAUCCGACCUCCUCCUGCACCUAACCAGCACACCUGCGCUCGAAGACCUCCACGCCACACUCCUCAGCUCACUCCAACGUCUCGGCUGGACAGAACGGAUCCGAAAACUCGCGCAGGAACUCCUUCGCGGCGGACGAUGCGAGCGAUUCGACGAGGUAUUCGAAGCGGUAGUAGCGUCCGCGGAGGGGAGGAAACAUCCUAUCCUUGCGGAGGCGAAUAAAGCGAAGCAACAAAGCAAUGGGAAUAAUAGUGGUGGGGACGAGGAUGGUAGUAGUGGCAUUGGGGAUCUGGAGGCGUUUGAUGUGAGGAUUCCGUCGGCGGUGGUGGAGCAGGGGGUUAGGGCGUUGAAGGAGGUGUUGAGGGAGGUGGUGGUUGCGGAGGAUGGGGGGGAUAUUUUGGGGGACGUUGAGAAUGGGCAUAAGGAGGAGGGUGGUGGUGGUGGUGGUGGUGGUAAGGGGUCGAAGAAUAGUAAGGAUGGAGGGGGGGAUACGGCGAGUCCGGUGAAGAAGGUGAAGAAGGAGUCGAAGACGGGGAGUAAGGUUAAAUGA